AUGGCUUUGGCGCAGCGGCAGUCUGCGGACCACACCUUGGUGAUAGAUGCAGUGGGAUACGCAACGCGGUUGCCGUGGUGUAGUGAUGCACGGCUAAAUGAACGUCGGUAUGCAGCCUUAGAACGGGUAGCUCAACAGAAUCUCGGCAUCGUGAUUAUUCUCAACGCCAGGAACGACGCUGGUCUAACGGCACAACAACCUACCAUGGCCCCUCUGCUCGACUACGUCGCGAGCGACCAGCGACAUGACCAUGACUACGACGUUUCGCUCAAAUCGAAGCUUGAGGGUUUUGCUGCCAGUGCUCUUGAUAUCAGCCUGGACAAGUUUCGAAAACAAUCUUACAAAACAUGGCUUGCACUGGGUGGAGAUUCUCUUACGGCCGUCAAUUUUAUGGGCUCUUGCCACGAAGAAGCUGGGAUUGAGGUCGAUAUUCCUGAUAUUUUGCAGUCUGGAAGUGUUGCGGAUUUGAUCGACCGUAUUGCACGAUCUCACCAAACCAAGGAAUCGACUAGCAACGGCACCACAGAGUUAUCCCAAAAUGGCCACGGCAAUGGAAGCGGUAAUUUGUCAAGCAACGGAAACUGCAAAGACGUGACGCCUGGAGGUCUGAGCGACGUCUUACAGGAUUCGCUCGACGAGAUUCAAGGCGUCGGGCCUUGCUCCCCCAUGCAGGAAAACUUCCUUGCCCUCCAAAGCAUGGAUAGUCGGGCAUACCAGCUACAGCUCGCGGCGAGAAUAUCUUCCACCAACCCUGCAAUCGUAGUUAAUCCCGAAUCCAUUAAACAGUCAUGGUCAGCUGUGGUGAAAAGGCAUGUUGCUCUACGAACAACAUUCGUGGAGAGUGUGGAUCGUCCUGGAAGGUUUGACCAGGUUGUGUGGAGUGAUCUCAGUCCCCAAAUCAGCAUUCUGCCCCUUCAUGAGGCCGAAAGCAAGACGUCUCAUCAAUAUGGCUCCGGAUCUCCCUAUCAUUUGGUACUUGCACAGGUUACGGGUGCCCAAACGUUCAUGAAGUUGUUCAUCUCUCAUAUUAUAAUGGAUGGCGUCUCCACAGAGAUCUUACUCCGCGAUCUCUGUAGAGCACUUGCAGGAAUACUUCCAGUGGAGGAAUCGCUGAAGUAUGAAGACCUUUUGUAUGCUCAACAACCUGAUACUUCAUCUGAGACUCUGUCGUAUUGGUCUCAAUACCUGCUGCCAGUCGAAAGUACCUUUUUGAGCAGCCCAAACUCGAGAACAAGCCCAACUGGACCAUAUUCGAUACACCAAGACAUGCAAAUUUCCCCAGAAUUGGCACGGAAUCUUUCAGAGCAACACAACACGACUCUGGUCAACGCUUGCCAAGUCGCAUAUGCACUUGUACUACGCUCUUAUACCGGCGCGGAUAACGUUUGCUUCUCUUACACAACCUCAGGCCGACACAAACGUAUCAAGGGUCUUCACGACGCCGUCGGUAACUUUGUCAACACCCUUCCAUGCCGCGUUGAUUUCAGCGAAACGAAAACAGUGGUCGAGGCAUUGCGACGUAUGCAAGGCGAUUUCCUGAGCAGCUUGCCUUACCAAGGAGCCAGCUUGACCGACAAACGGGAGAUGAGCGGGUCCUCUUUGCACCAGCUCAGCGAUUCACUCUUGUCCUUCCAUCGCGCACCGCACGAUACGGUGCUUGCAAGGGCAGGGUUCGAUGUAGAUGUUGUGUCGUGGGAGUCUUCAUCAGAUUAUAAUUAUACCCUAAUGAUCAAAAUGGACCAACAAAGGCUGGGGCUCAGAUUUGAUGUGUGGGAGUCGCUUAUAUCCAGGGAUGACGCCCUGAAUAUACUGCAACUUUUCCGCGACAGUUUAGAUUUCGUGCUUCAAAAUAGCAGUCAGCCUUGCUUGGAUUUCAUAGGACUAACAGCGCACGACCAGUCGGCAAUAAUCUCCAGCAACCAAAGUCCACCAGCUAUUGUGCGCGACUGUGUCCACGACCAGGUCUGGGCUACGGCAAUUCGACAGCCUGAUAGACCGGCUAUAUGCGCGUGGGAUGGUGAGCUAACGUAUAGCGAAUUGGGUAUUGCAACCCGCCGCCUCGCUACAUAUCUUGUCAGCCUUGGGGUGGGACGUGAAGUGAACGUCGGCUUGUGCAUGGACAAGUCACUUUGGGCACCGGUUGUGAUGUUGGCGAUCUUGCAAGCUGGAGGUGUGGUGGUGCCCUUUGGGAAUCAACAUCCACCCAAUCGGAUCCAGACAAUGGCGGAUAAUGCCACCGUAACCAUACUUUUGGCUGAUAGAGAGCACACCCAAAGGCUAGCGGGAGUCAUUCCUCGUAUCAUUGAAGUUGAUGGCAGCUUCAUAGGCCAGCUACCAACAUCAAACGCCGUUCCUUGGCCCAAAGUCUCGCCAGAAGAUACAGCUUGGAUUGUGCACACUUCUGGUAGCACUGGGGUCCCAAAGGGAGUCGUCCUACAGCACCAGGCAUUAUGCACGCCAAUGCAGACUCAUUCGGCUCGUUAUGGUAUGGGACCUUGGACGCGGGCUCUACAGUUCUCUGCGCAUACAUUUGACGUUACCAUUAUGGACAUAUUUACAACUCUAACGUUCGGGGGAUGUGUAUGCAUUCCUUCGGAAAGCCAGAGGGUUGAUGAUCUUGGAGCGGCCAUCAAAACCUUGGGGGUGACUUUUGCCACUUUGACUCCCACUGUUGCUUCAUUGCUCGAUCCACAGGAUCUGCCUACACUGAAUACGUUGAUUACGACUGGUGAGGCUCUGACGCCUGCUGUUGCCCAUCCGUGGCUAGAGGUGGGAAAAGUCAAAUUUUUCAACGCCUACGGUCCAUCCGAAUGUACGUAUACAUCGACAAUCAAUGGACCCCUGACUAGUUCCGAGGAGGCCACAUCCGUUGGUUUCCCAGCUGCGAAUUGCCUGUGGAUAACAGAUCCCCGCGAUUUUAAUAGGCUGAGUCCUAUUGGCGCCAUUGGCGAAUUGUUAGUCGAAGGCCCAAUCGCACGGGAAUACCUACAUGAUCCAGAGAAGACGGCGUCAUUCUUUGUCAUAGACCCGGGUUUCGUCAAAAAGCUUGGUCUAGCACCCGGACGACGCAUGUACCGCACAGGCGAUCUGGUCCGGCAGGCUAAGGAUGGUUCCUUGAUCUACCUAGGCCGUAAAGAUACCCAGAUAAAGAUCCGGGGCCAGCGGGUGGAGAUUUUGGAGAUCGAGAACCGGAUUGCACAGUCCCUACCUGGCAAUUCACGCGUAUGCGUGGAUUUGGUUCAAGCACACAGUUCCUUGGGGUCAUCGCUGCUUAUAGCGGCAAUCGAGAUGCCAGAAGUGGCUUCGCAAGGAAGCUCGGUAGCAGGAACACUUUGCGAUCCUUCUGAAGACCUGAAAGAUCUAUUACAGAAGCUGCGAUCAAAACUUCUUGAUGAAUUUCCUCUAUACAUGGUUCCUAGCCAUUUCGUGCCCUUCCUGACUUUUGCGACAUCUGCGUCGGGGAAGCUGGACAGGCGCGUUAUGCACACGAUACUCGAGCGAUUGACAGAAAGUCAGUUGUCACGCUUCAACAAGACCGCUGUCCAAGACCCCAUAUCAACAGAGACAGAAAAGACUCUCCAGGGAAUUUGGGCCGUAGCUCUUGGACGCCCCUCUGAGGAAAUCAGCAGGAACGACCAUUUCGUGCAGCUUGGCGGUGACUCUGUAGUUGCCAUGCGCAUGACUGCAAUUGCCAGGAGGAGUAAUAUCUCACUUUCCGUCGCCGACAUCAUUCGAAAUCCCCGUCUGGCCGAUAUGGCGCGCGUUAUGGAUGGUUCUGCGGACGCAGCGGAACGUGCCGCCAAGGAGGACCCGGAGCCAUUUGCGCUGUGGAGCGGAUUUCUCAAAGAAAGCGAGGAAGAACAGAAGAGACGAUUGACCAGAGUGGCUGAGCAGUGCAAUAUCCUUCCGAGUCUUGUGAUAGAUGUAUACCCAGCCUCGCCACUCCAGGAAGCUUUGAUGGCAAUGACGUCUCAGCAAUCUGGAACAUAUGUCGUGCAACAAGUAUUCCGCCUUGAUUCAAAAGUUAACCUGGAGCAAUUUGAAAAGUCCUGGACCGAGGUUGCAGCAUCACUGGCCAUUUUGCGAACCCGUAUCGUUUAUACGCCUGACUCCGGCUCGGUACAAGUAGUAAUACAAGAUUCGCCACCGUGGGCAACUGCAUCCAAUCUCUCAAGCUUUCUUGACAAAGAUCGGGUGGCACCAUUCACGUAUGGCACACCCUUACAUCGGUUCGCGAUAGUUGAUGACUCAACAAGGAAUGCUCAUGGGUCUCGUGAGCGGUAUUUCGUAUGGACAGCCCAUCACUCUGCUUAUGAUGCACACACUAUCACAAGAAUAUUCGAGACAUUCGCUAGGGUAUUCCAGGGACGUCCAUACGAUACUGAAACCCCUCUUCCACGAUUCAUGCGUUAUCUCGAAGAGAACAACCAGAACGGAGGAUGGGAGCGCUCCGCAACGUACUGGAAGAAGGAACUAGACGGAGCACAGCUGGCACGAUUUCCAGAGGUUCCAAGUCCCUCUUAUCGACCGUUUGCCGGUGGUAGACUGAGACACCGCUUACAACAGCUUCAGAGACCAGGUGGAGAUAAGAAAUACAGCAAUCGUGUUUCAGUCGCUACUAUCUUGCGAGCAGCGUGGGCCUUGGUAGUUGCUAGCCGCACUGGAAAUGACGAAGCUUUGUUUACAGAAGUACUUUCAGGCCGCGAUCUUCCAGUACCAGGCAUUGAUGACGUCGUAAUGCCCACGGUCACCUCCGUGCCCACCAGAAUUCGAACUGAUCGGAAGAAAGCGGUUGUGGAAUACCUCUCCCUAGUUGAGUCCCAGAGCAGAAAUACGGCGCCCUAUGCACAAUUUGGUCUUGCCAAUAUUCGUCGUGCUGUUCCAGGCCUUGGUCACGACUUCGAUCCUGGACACCUCUUCAUUGUGCAGCCGGGGCCACCCUUGAACCAUAUCGCACUCGCUGAGAUGGUGGGUGUUGAGACAAUCAAAACGGAGAUACAAAACUUUGAGGGUUAUGCGCUAGUUGUGGAAUGCACACUCGACACUGACGGAGCUGGGAUACAUGUUGAAAUGCGGUUUGAUGAAGCAGUUCUCUCCUCAUCGCAAGCAGUGGCACUUAUGGCUCAACUAGAGCACGUUGCCCACACAUUGCAGGCUUAUAACCGCCCAGACCCAGUUUUAGAUCAUUCUGAGCGAAGCGUCGCAAUCGAAGAACUAGAUUUGGUCAGCUCGGAAGACAAAGAGAAGCUGCUGAAGUGGAACGGACCAUCUCCGAAUGCAAUCCAGUCCACUUUAGACCAGCUUGUCAGAGAAAAGAUGGCGAAAACUCCCCAUUCUCUUGCAGUUUGCUCAUGGGAUGGUGACCUUACUUAUUCGCAGCUAGACGCUGCUGCCGAGAGUUUAGCACAGCACCUCGUCUUGCUAGGGGUUGGUCCUGAGAGCUUGGUCGGGCUAUGUAUGGAUAAAUCCAAGUUUGCAGUUGUGUCAGCAUUGGCGAUCCAACGCGCCGGUGGUGCUGUUACACCUCUCGGUGUGCAGUACCCUAUUGCUCGGAUCCAGACUAUACUGAUGGAUGCCAAUAUCUCCGUGGUCUUGGUCGACAUUGCCCAGUCGAAACGCUUCAACACGCUUGUUUCCAACUGUGUUGUAGUCAACAACGAUUUACUAGGCUCCCUACUAGCCCAGGACAUGACUGCACUCUCGCGAGCUAGUCCGAGCACGUCCGCAUGGGUCAUCUAUACAUCAGGGAGUACUGGUGUGCCCAAAGGGGUGGUACUUGAGAACCAAGCCCUGUGCUCGAGCAUCCUUGCUCACGGAACGCGCUUUGGAUUUACACCCUCGACGAGGACUUUUCAAUUCUCCGCAUUCACCUUCGAUAACGCCAUUCAAGACUUCUUUACUACCUUGGCCUUUGGAGGUUGUGUUUGCAUACCGUCUGAGCAGGAUCGCAUGAACGAUCUGGCCUCUGCGAUGAAGGACCUCGCGGUGACAUUCUCAAGCUUCACACCAACAGUUCUCUCUCUGCUAGAUCCAGAGAGCGUUCCAAUCUCACUAGAGUGCAUCGCUCUCGUUGGCGAGGCAGUGAAACCUGCUGUGGUCCAGCCCUGGCUUGGACGUGUCAAACUGAUCAACGCCUAUGGGCCAGCUGAAUGCAGUAUUCACUCCGCCAUCAAUGAUCCAAUGCUUUUCUCAGAAGAUGCAUCUAUCAUUGGAUAUCCUGUGUCGAACCACCUAUGGGUAACGAAUAGCCGUGACCACAACUCUCUUGUUCCCAUCGGAGCUCCAGGCGAAUUGCUAAUCGAAGGACCUACACUCGCCCGUGGGUACCUGAACGAUAAUGCCAAGACCUCAAAGUCCUUCGUACUCGAUCCAGACUUCAUCAAACCACUCCAUCUGCCACCUGGACGCCGUAUGUAUCGGACUGGCGACCUCGUCCGACAACGCAGUGAUGGUAGACUGGUCUAUCUUGGCCGCCUGGAUACUCAAAUGAAAGUACGAGGUCAGCGUAUUGAGGCAGGUGAGAUCGAGUCACACAUUGUCAGUCUUCAACCGCAGAUCCGACAAGCUUGUAUAGACCUCGUACAAGUCCAAAGCGGUGCCGACUCAACCCUUCUGGCAGCAGUGGAACUUCUGAACGGUUUCCAGGUCGAUGACGACAAUGUCGAGCGUGAUGAGGCUCUUGAUGGCAUAGAACUUCCAGAGUUCAUUUCCCGCCCUUCACGCUAUCUCAAUACUAUGCUAGGAGAACUCCGCAACAAGCUCCUUCAAGUUCUACCUCCAUUUAUGGUCCCGACACAUUUCAUACCCCUAAGCCUCCCGGUGAAUGCAUCAGGCAAAUUGAAUCGGCAAGCAACGAGAGCGAUUCUCGAAGCUCUUACUCGUGAGCAACUGAGAGCAUUCUCAGUCGACCAGAAGAAUACGGGAGAGGAUCGAAUGCUAUCAGAGACUGAGAUACAGCUGCGUCUCCUUUGGGCGGAGGUGCUAGGUCUUCAAGUCGAAGAAAUUGGUGGCGCGAAUGAUGAUUUUAUUCAGCUCGGGGGUGACUCUGUGGUGGCUAUGAGGCUUGUUGCCGCAGCGCAGAGGGCACCAAUACCAAUGCAGCUUGGAGUUGCUGAGAUUCUCCAAAAUCCGCGCCUUGAGGAUAUGGCACGAGUAUCAAGUGAACACACAUCUGCAGCUAUCAAGGCGUCGGAAGCGGAUCCAGUGCCAUUCGAGCUUUGGGAUGGCUUCCAAGGUGCAGGCGAAAAUGAGCAAGAAGAACGGCUUACCGCUGUCAUCGAGCAAUGCGAUGAUCUUACAAACCUUGAUGAAAUAGUUGAUGUAUAUCCCUCGACCCCUCUCCAGGAAGGCUUGAUGGCCGUCACAUUCCAACAGCCGACCGCUUACGUUGCACAGCAAGUGUUCCGGUUGGGAGCAGAUGUCGAUAUUCCGCGCCUGCAACGGGCAUGGGAACAAAUAAGCAACAAACUGGCAAUCCUCCGCACUCGAAUGGCAUACACCGCGGGCGGUUCCGUGCAAUUUGUUGUGAGGACAGCAUUGCGAUGGGAAUUUCAGUCUGGUCUUCAAACUUACCUGGAGCAUGAUAAAUCAGUCCCUUUCUCAUAUGGGACGCCGCUUCACCGCUUAGCGAUCGUUCAGGAUGACUCGAAUAGAUACUUCGUUUGGACAGGACAUCACGCAGCAUAUGAUGGCUGGUCAUUACUACGCAUCUUCCGCAUGCUUGUUCAAGUCUAUCAGACAGGCGAGGAUAGUUUGGCAGUGGUUCCGGUCUCGCGCUUUGUCAGAUACCUGCAAGAGAGAGACGAGCAUGCCACAGCAGCUUAUUGGGGCGGUCAACUUGAAGGGGCCGAACUGAUCCAGUUUCCUCCACUUCCAAGCCCAAAUUAUCAGCCCCACGCCGACAGUUUUCUCCAAAUCCGGCUCGACGGGUUCUGUGGGGAGCAUGUCACCAGUAGCACCCUUCCCAAGGCCGUCCUCCUGCGAGCAGCAUGGGCCGCGACUGUCGCGACUUACACCGGGGCCUCUGAAGCAAUAAUCAAUGUCGCGUUAAGUGGCCGCGAUGCACCCGUUCCCGACAUUGGUAACAUUAUUGGACCAACGGUUACCACAGUGCCGGUCCGGAUAAAGGCCCACAACGAUCAGUCAGUAGAUGCCUUCCUAGAUGCCGUUGACCAGCAAGCCAAGGAAAUGGUCCCUUUUGCGCAGAUUGGAUUGCAUGGAAUUCGGAAUGUGGUGUCAGGAUUGGAUUCAGAUUUCGAUCCAGGACACCUAUUCAUAAUCCAGCCAGCACCCACGGGCGGCGAACUAGAGGCGCUCGACGCUAUCGGCCUCCACCUUGACACCGCAAUCACAGACAGGCCGGACUUUGGUGGAUAUGCGCUUGCCGUAGACUGUAUAGUCGAUGCUGACAGCAUCAACAUGGAGUUUCGCUAUGACAGCCACGUGCUCCCACACGAAAGAGCAACGGCUAUUCUGUCACAGUUCGAGCACACUUUCCGCCAAUUGGAGUUACACGGUAGCAAACAUGUCAUCGCCGACCUUGACCUCUUCAGCCCAGCUGAUGCCGACACUGUGCGUGGAUGGAACCAACGUCCACUAUCAGCGAAGCAAGCAUGCAUCCAUGAGCUAAUACGCGUGACGGCCGAAGAAAACCCACAGUCUCCAGCUGUUAAUGCAUGGAAUGGGGAGUUCACAUAUGCAACUCUCUAUGCCACGGCCCGUAAGCUUGCCAGUCACCUGUCGAGCGAUUGCGGAGUUGGUCCAGAGGUCACCGUCGGCCUGUGCAUGGAUAAAUCGCGCUGGGCUGUCGUCUCUAUGCUGGCUAUCCUCAUGGCAGGUGGCGUCGUGGUACCGUUGGGGGUCCAGCAGCCACUGGCCAGGGUGGGAACUAUUACGAUGGACUCGAAGAUCUCCACCAUUCUGGUCGAUAAUAUGCAGUCCACAAGGCUUGUAGGUCUUGAGGGUAUUUCACCACGCUUGAUCGUCAUGGACGCUGCUUUCCUAGAGAAGCUGCAGUCACCCCAAGCUUCAGGGCCGAUCUGCGACGCGGUUUCACCCGGUAACGCGGCCUGGAUUGUGUAUACAUCUGGAAGUACUGGAGUACCCAAAGGUGUAGUUCUCGAACAUCAAGCGCUUUGUAGCAGUAUCCAUGCACACGGCCCUCGCUUCGGACUCGAUACUAGUACUAGAGCUCUUCAGUUCGCUGCUCACACUUUUGACGCUGUCAUUGAAGACAUCUUCUCUGUGUUGGUAUUUGGUGGCUGUGUUUGUGUCCCAUCCGAAGGCCAGCGUCUCAAUGAACUCACUGACACCAUUCGUGACUUCAAUGUCAAUUUCGUGAAUAUCACAUCAACCGUGGCAUCACUUAUCGACCCAGCUGAUGUGCCCAUGAUAAAAACUCUGCUCUUUGGUGGCGAGACGGUCAGCCCUGCGGUUGUAGAGAAGUGGCUUGGGCAUGCGAAAAUGAUGAAUUCCUAUGGCCCAUCAGAAUGUUGCGUUGAUGUUAGCUGCUCGGCACCUAUCAUGCACCCACGUGACGCUCACACUGUCGGGUUCCCGCUUGACGUAUCCUUCUGGGUCACCAGCCAAUCUGACUACAAUCGUCUUGUUCCUGUUGGGACGCCUGGGGAGUUACUCGUGGAAGGCCCGCUUCUCGCAAGAGGAUACCUCAACGACCCAGGUAAAACCGCCGAGGCAUUUGUUUGGGAUCCAGAAUUCGUCACACGUCUCGGCUUAUCAACUGGCCGUCGUAUGUACAGGACUGGAGACCAUGUACAACAAAACCCCGAUGGGUCGCUCAUUCACCUUGGGCGGAUUGAUUCCCAGAUCAAAAUCCGUGGCCAGAGAGUAGAGGCUGGUGAGGUGGAAAGCAAUAUUGUGCGAUGCCACCGCGAAGUUCGAGGCGCGUGUGUGGAUCUGAUACGGCCAAGAGACAUAUCUGGAGAUCCGAUAUUCAUGGCAGCGAUCGACGUUGGUGAAUAUGGACGGGAUGAGAACGAUGACCAGGGUAGUCUACCCCCACAAAUACUACGCCAGCCGACACAAGCCCUACGCAUAAUGAUCCAGAGCCUCCGGGCGGAUCUACUAUCGGUCCUGCCGCGGUACAUGGUACCCUCUUUCGUGCCAAUGACGAGCCUUCCAGUCAACGUCUCCAGCAAGUUGGACAGACGGGCUACACGUGAAGUUCUUAGUGGCCUGAGCCGAGAAGAACUUGGGGCGUUUGAAAAAGCACCUGAAAGUGCUGAAUCCAGGCCUUUGUCUCCCAUGGAGAACCAACUUCGCGAAAUCUGGGUUGAAGUACUCGGAUGCUCACCCAACCUAGGCCCUGAAGACCAUUUCAUCCUGCUCGGGGGCGACUCCAUCACAGCAAUGCGCCUUGUUACCGUCGCUCAAAAAGUCGACAUCCACGUCGGAGUGGCAGAUGUGCUUCAAAACCCGCGCUUAUCGGAUUUGGCCCGGGUCGCUGAGAGCUACGAUAGCGCAAAAGCUGCCGAGGAGGAUCCAUCUGCGUUUGAGCUCUGGGAUGAUUUCACGUCUCUCAGAGCGGACUUGCAGCAAGAAUGGCUUACAACCAUUGCCGAGCGAUGUGGGGGACUUAUGUCACAGGACAUUGAGGAUGUGUAUCCAUCGACACCUCUUCAGGAAGGCCUAAUGGCGAUGACGGCUCAGCAGCCUGGAGCCUACGUGACGCAGAAUCUCUUCCGCAUCCAAGGCAUUGACGUACCGCGCUUCAAGGCAGCUUGGGUGAAACUGAUGGAUUUGCUCACCAUCCUACGUACACGCAUAGUCUACCAUAGGACUCAGUCGGGCGCUCUGCAAGUAGUAGUGCGCAAAGCUUUAGACUGGAACGAAACAACCGACUUGCAAAAUUAUCUAGCACAAGAUCUUGCGUUGCCGUUCGCGUAUGGAACGCCACUUCAUCGGCUAGCAAUCAUUCUGUCUGCGAAUGGCGAGGCAGAGCACUUCGUAUGGACUCAACAUCACAGCGGCUACGACGGAUAUCAGAAUGCUCUGACACUCAAAAUGCUUUCUCAACUCUACCAGCACGGAGUUGAUCAACACCAUCGUCCAACGCCAGUCUCUCGUUUCAUGAAAUAUCUGCAACAGGCAGCUGACGGCACGAAUGGCCCCGCUUACUGGAAACAGCAGUUGGAGGGUGCCCAAGUAACGCGGUUUCCUCCUCUCUUAAACCGGGCCCACCGGCCACAGGCAGCCAACGUACUCCAUGCGCAAUUAGAGCCCGACAAGAACUUGGGAGUCACAUUGCCCACUUUGCUACGGGCUGCGUGGGCCGCUACGGUCGCCACAUACACUGGCUCACAAGAGUCUGUGUUGAACGUGGCCCUCUCUGGACGCGAUCUACCGCUUGCCGAUAUCGCGAGCAUAGUGGCCCCGACGGUGACGACCGUUCCAGUAAGAAUUCGAGUAGAUCCGAAACAGACGGUAUCCAAAUUCUUGGCUGAAGUAGAGGAUCAAAGCAAACAAAUGGUUCCUUACAUGCACUUUGGAAUCCAGAAUAUCCGCAAAACCGCAGGCCUAGGUCAGGACUUCGAGCCGGGCCAUCUGUUCGUUGUUCAGCCCGCUUUUACCGACGAUAGCCUGGAAGGUAUCGGCCUGGAGGAACCAACUGUUGUAAACAAUGCCGGUUUCAGUGGUUACCCUCUUAUCGUGCAAUGCACGGUCAAUGCCGAUGCGAGGGAUGUGAAUGUCGAGGUUCAGUUCGACGAAAAGGUACUCCCACUGUCUCGAGCAGAGGCACUUGUCGCUCAAUUCGAGCACUUUUUGCAGUUGCUAUCUACCCAUGGUCGCCCAGGAGCGCCACCGUGCUCAAUGGGUCAACUAAACCUUCUCAAUCCCAUUGAUGCUGCUACGUUGCGACAACUGAAUCAAGAAACGCCAAAAGCCCACCAGAAACUGAUCCACGACUUGGUCAAGUCGACAGUUGAUCAGCAACCAUCGGCGCCAGCUGUAAGUGCCUGGGAUGGAGAGCUCUCGUAUGGGGAACUCGAUGGCGCAGCUCGCAGGCUUGCUCACCACUUAGUUACCCUUGGUGUCAGACCCGAAGUUAAAGUAGGGGUUUGCAUGGAUAAAUCCCGCUGGGCUGUCGUGUCAAUGUACGCAAUUCUCCAAGCAGGGGGUGUUGUCGUACCGCUUGGUGUUCAGUUUCCAGUUAGUCGAUUGGCAACGAUAAUAGCCAACGCGGAGGUUGCAGUCACCCUCUUGGAUAGUGCGCAGGCAGUGAGACUGGAGGGCGUGGCGCCACAGCCAACGGUAGUCGAUGCCAGCUUUCUUGGGCGCUUGGCCAUUGGCAAUGAUACGAUGCCUGCCUGCACAGAAAUAUCUCCAAGCAAUGCUGCUUGGAUUGUAUACACAUCUGGUAGCACCGGCACUCCGAAAGGGUCUGUUCUGGAGCACAAGGCACUGUCUACCAGUCUUCUCACCCACGGGCCACUGCUCAAUUUCGGGCCUCAAACGCGAGCGCUCAACUUCAGUGCUUAUACUUUCGACAUCACGAUCCAGGAUCUAUUUACCACAUUGAUAUUUGGGGGUUGUGUAUGCGUUCCGUCAGAAUUCCAACGGCUCAACGACCUAGAGGCCGUGAUACGGUCAUUACAGGUCAACACUCUCCACCUCACAACGACCGUUGCAUCUCUUAUCACUCCGGCUAGCGUCCCUCUCGUCAAGUCUGUUAUUUUUGGAGGCGAAGCCGUCACACCGGCUGUCGUUGAUAUGUGGCUUGGGCAUGCGACACUCAUAAACACGUAUGGUCCUUCUGAGUGUUGUAUCAAUUCGUCAUAUAGUCUGCCGAUACAGAGACCAGAGGAUGCAUCGGUCGUAGGCUUCCCUGUUGCCGGGUGCUUUUGGGUUACUGAUGUUAACGACUACAACCGUCUCUGUCCACUGGGAGCGCCUGGACAGCUUUUGAUUGAGGGCCCGCUGCUUGCACGCGAGUAUCUGGGGGCAUCAGAGAAAACAGAAACAUCAUUUAUUGUUGAUCCAGGCUUUGUUUCAACACUGGGCUGGGCGACAGAUUCUGGACCACGUCGUAUGUACUGCACGGGGGAUCUUGUCCGUCAAAAUAGCGACGGCUCGCUUGUGCACCUCGGUCGCUGUGAUGCGCAAAUCAAGAUCCGAGGCCAGCGCGUGGAGACGGGUGAGAUAGAGAGCCAUAUUACACGAGUAGAGUCAAAGAUCCAGAGGGUAUGCGUAGACCUCGUACAUCCAAGCGACAGUAUAUCUGGCGAACCUGUUCUUCUUGCGGCUCUCGAAAUGCAAGCGGACCAAUGUAGUCCGAACGGCAGCCAUGAAGCAUGCGUACCAGCCCCGGCCAAUGGGGCCAUUCCGCCCACAUCUCACUUUCACACUAUGGUCCAGAAAGUCCGGAGUGCCCUUGGACUUGUGCUGCCAUUCUACAUGAUACCACAUCAUUUCGUGCCAUUUUCAAGCUUGCCUAUGAACGCCUCCGGAAAACUGGACCGUCGAGCGAUUUGUGAUGUCCUCUCAGGCCUGAGUUACAGUCAGCUUGGAGCAUAUGACCGAUCGCUCAACGCCGAAGAUAGGCCACUCACAUUUAUGGAACAACAACUCCAGGUGCUCUGGGCCGAGGUCCUGGGUCGACCUGCAGGAACUAUCAACGCAGAUGACGACUUCAUUCGUCUUGGAGGCGAUUCAGUCACUGCAAUGAGGCUCGUUGCGCUAGCGCAAAGGAAGCGGAUGAAUCUCGGAGUCGCAGACAUUUUGCAGAACCCCCGUCUCGCUGACUUGGCCAGUGUAGCAGAGGAGUACGGGGAAAGAGCGCUCAGAGUCGCUCAGGCGGACCCUACACCAUUCGAGCUCUGUCGUGUUGAUGCAACGGACCGAGAGGAAUGGCUAGCUAGCCUAGCAGAGCAGUGUGGCGUUGCCCCAAGUUCGAUCGUGGACGCGUACCCGACCACGGCCUUGCAGGAGGGUCUGAUGGCUAUCACAGCUCAGCAGCCGGGUGCAUAUGUUGCGCAAAACGUCUUUCGCAUCCGACGAGAUGUGGACAAGUCACAAUUUAUCACACAUUUUCAGUCGAUCUGGGCAGAGCUCAUGACCAUCCUCCCGAUCCUAAGGACACGCAUCGUCUAUGCCACACAAUCCGGCUCUGUCCAAAUCGUUUUACCAGAUCCUUUACAUUGGGACAUUGUUGACUCCGACUUAAGUUCUUACCUAGCCAGAGAUCAAGCAGUGCCCUUUGCAUAUGGCACACCGCUUCACCGUCUUGCAAUCGUCCGAACUUUGAGCAACAAAGACGACGCCUUCUUUGUGUGGUCAGCCCACCACGCUGGAUAUGACGGUGCAAGUAUGCUGCAGACUUUUCAACUCCUAGCCCAGGUCUACCAAGGAGAGAAGCAGAUUGCCACAGCACCCAUCCCACGGUUCAUCAAGUAUCUAGAACAGGCAGAUAAGGCACAGGCAACUGAGUACUGGAGACUGCAAUUGGCAGAUGCAAAUCUGACUCGCUUUCCUCCUCUACCACAUCCACUAUACCGCCCACGCGCCGAUUCUGUAGCGCAGCGGCGUAUUCGCAAUGGGGGAACACAGAGCGGGACGCCAGUGGCCAUCCUAUUGCGUGCGGCUUGGGCUAUGACAAUCGCUUCUUACACCGGAAGCACCGAAUCCACCUCAACUGUGGCACUAUCUGGCCGGGAUAUUCCAGUGUUGGGUAUAGAGAACGCGGUUGUUCCGACUCUUGCCACUGUGCCAGUGAAAACACGCUUCGAUGAUCCCGCGCAGCCUGUUUCAAAUUUCCUGGCCUCCGUGGAACGCCAAACUGAAGAGAUGAGGCCAUUCAUCCAUACAGGCAUUCAGCAUAUCCGUGCAGCUGUGCCUGGACUGGGAUCCGAUUACGAUCCGGGACAUCUGUUUAUCAUACAGCCAAUAAUGGAACACGGUGAUCGCAACCCACUCCAAACACUUGGCCUAGAGCCAAUUGUUUCAGACAAUGCAGAGUUUGGUGGAUAUGCGCUUGCUGUGCAGUGCACCGUCAGUAUCGAUCACGCUGUAGACGUUGAACUUCGAUUUGACCAGGAGAUAAUCCCACCACCAAUGGCUGAGGGUCUUCUCUCGCAGUUUGAACACCUCUUGCAGAUGCUAGAGAACGGCGGAGAUACUCCCAUUGGGAAGCUUGACCUUUUCAAUCCGGCUGAUUUGGAGAGGGUUCAAAGGUGGAAUAAACCCGCACUGCAAGCAGAGCCGGAGGAAUCUUGCAUUCAUGACCUUGUACAGGUCAUGGUGGACAAACAGCCGCAAGCGCAAGCUGUCUCGUCGUGGGAUGGCGCGCUAUCAUAUAGCGAGCUCAACAGAGCUGCCUGCACCUUAGCACAUCACUUGGCCAGCCUCGGUGUUGGACCAGAAGUCACUGUUGGUAUCUGUAUGGAUAAAUCAUUAUGGGCGGUGAUUUCGAUGUUGGCCAUCCUUCAAGCUGGCGGUGUAGUAGUUGCCCUCGGUACGCAACACCCUCCGAGCCGCAUCAAAACCAUCAUCGCAGAUGCAGAUAUCCAUGUGGUUUUGGUCGAUAAAGCGCAAGCAAAACGACUACCAGGCGUAGCGCACUCCAUCGUGGUCGAGGCUUCUUUCAUCGAGCAACUCCCAGCCAGCACACUGCCACCUCAUUCAGGUGUAUCCCCAAAUAACGCAGCUUGGAUCAUUUACACAUCUGGUAGCACUGGAACGCCAAAGGGUGUUGUGCUUGAACACAAAUCACUAUGCAAAGGGAUCAAAAGCCACGGCACUCUGUUCGGCAACAGCUCCAAGACCCGUGCACUUCAAUUUGCAUCACAUACCUUUGGUGUCGUCAUUGAAGACAUGUUCACAACGCUUAUCUUUGGAGGCUGUACAUGCAUUCCGUCCGAGGAUGAACGCCUGGACAUGAAAGGGCUUGCCCAUAUGAUGCGCCGCACUCACGUCAACUUUGUCAACUUGACAUCUACUGCUGCGUCCCUGAUUGAUCCAUGCGAUGUGCCUGAGAUUGAAACUAUUGUACUGGGUGGCGAGGCAGUCAGACCUGCCGUAGUCAAACUGUGGAAAGGGCAUGCGAAAAUACUCAAUGCCUAUGGACAGAGUGAAUGCUCCGUUGAGUCGGUCAUUAGUAUGCUUAGCGAAGACCGAGAUGCCAGCAACAUUGGUUUUCCUAUCGCCGGAUCCGCUGCAUGGGUGGUUGAUCCGUCCGAUUACACCCGCCUCGUUCCAGUGGGGGCUCCAGGAGAGCUCUUGAUUCAGGGGCCACUGCUAGCACGGGGCUAUCUGAACGAUGCGGCCAAAACAGCUGCUUCGUUCAUCUCGGGGACUCCUCUUCUGACGCACCUCGGUAUAUCAGACUCAUCUCACAAUCGCAUGUAUUGUACGGGCGAUCUCGUACGGCAGAAUGCGGAUGGCUCGUUGAUCUACCUUGGCCGUCGUGAUGGCCAGAUCAAAGUGCGCGGCCAAAGGGUUGAAGUAGGCGAGAUUGAGAGCCUCAUAGUUCAACUUUAUCCGGAAGUUUCUCACGCCUUUGUCGACUUGGUCGAAUCGCAGAAUGGAACCUCACCCGCCGACUUGACGCUUGUGGCCGCGAUCGAACUUCAGGAAACAGGCUACACUCAGGUCGGUGAAGAAAGUAAGAAGCAGGGCUUGCCAAUGACAGUCCGAGCGCCUACAAAAGAUGUACUAGCCAUGAUACAAAGGAUACGUACGGAUCUACUACAGGAACUUCCCCCCUAUAUGGUCCCGGGCUAUUUUGUCCCCAUUUCAGGCCACUUGCCCAUCAAUGCAUCGGGCAAAUUGGACCGACGUGCUGCACGAGAAAUCAUCAAAGCCUUGACUCCAGACCAGCUCCGAGCGUUGAAUAGGAUACCCAGUGAUCCUGGCAGGCUUCUGUCACGAACUGAAGAGCAUUUACGAGCUGCUUAUGCCGGAGUGCUUGGCUGCUCUCCAGAGGACAUAGGACUUCAUGAUCAGUUCAUCCAACUAGGUGGUGAUUCUGUGGCUGCAAUGCACGUUGCUGCAGCAUGCCGCAAACGCGGCGUUAGAGUCUCUGUCCGAGACGUGCUGCAGCAACAAAGUAUCUCAGCGUUGUCUACACUUGUAGAGAUAAGGGCCAAAGAUGGCACGUCAAACAGCUUGCCCAACAUGCCAGCGGAGUCGUCCGGCGUAACGGAUGCCCAGGAGAGUGUACUCAAUCACCAUGUUUCUCACCCAGAUGUAGACAUGACUUACUUUGCGAUGGAUGGCAAAACGACUCUGGGUGUGGAGAGGAUGGUGAAUGCUUGCAAGCAGCUCAUCACAAGUAUUGAGGCGCUUCACACAGGCUUCAUCCGCAAAGAUGAUAAAUGGGAGCGACUGGUACUCUCAUCGUUCAAGCCGGAAGUUUUGGUAUAUGUCACGGAAGACACAAUCGAUCAGUGGACCGAGAGUUUCGUUCAUGACCGGAAAUUCGGGUCUUUUGAGCUCGGACGUCCGCUUGCAGACAUUGCGAUCUGCAUACAAAAACAGACUGGGGCGCAUCGUAUACUUUUCCGCUUCUCUCACGCUAUCUAUGAUGGCAUGAGUCUUCCAAAGUUCUGGGCAAUCCUUCAACAAAUCUACGCUGACAACCAAACCGAGCAAACGGCAUCCUUCUCGCAGUAUGUCGCUCAAGUUGAGCAUCGUAGAUCUCAAGAAGCGUCUGGAUAUUGGACUCGCCUUCUACAAAACACACCAAUGACGCCCAUUGGGGAUUCGGUUCCUCGAGAUCAUGAGUUUGUAUGGCGGGCCCAAGUUAUUGGUCCCAAGACGAUAGAGCUCGGCCAAAAUAUCCCCAUGGGUAUGACCUGCGCAAGUGUCCUCAAAGCAGCAUGGGCAAUUGUGCUGGCCAAUCAUGCGGAGCGAGACCAAGUCGUAUUCGCAGACAUUGUAUCGGGUCGUGCUGGGGUUGACUCAUCCGUCGGCGACGUUGCGGGCUGUUGUGCGACUCCAAUGCCAGUCUGUGUCCGGCUUGACCUUUCGUCCACAUAUUUAGACCUUGUACAGGCCGUGCAAAAACAGCACCUGGAUAGCAUGCCCUUUGAGACCUUUGGUUUCGGCCAGAUUGCUCAGCAUUGUACAGACUGGCCCGCAGGCACCAUUCCUACGUCUGUCAUCAACCACGCGCCGACACGCGUUGCCGGAAGCAAGAUUGAGAUAGGCGAUACAGAAUACACAAUCUGUCAGCCAAAGCAGAGCGAGCAGGAUUGGACUUACAGCAACAUCCGGAUUGCGUGGCAACAAGUCGAUGGCGAACUAGACCUAAGUCUGGUUUAUGCAGUCGACCACGUCACCAGUGAGGUCGCUCAGCGACUUUAUGACGAUCUCAUUUUCACUAUUCAGAGAAUCCUUACAUCACCCCAUGCCUUGAUUCAAGAGCAGCUGCCAACAAGCACAUGA